AAGGGAGGCCGGAAUCGGACGCAGGCCCGCUAGGCAACCGGGCAGAGGGCGGGGGUUACACGCGCGGUGCUAGAUCUGCUGCGGAAGGUUUACAGUCGGGAUUGUAGCGCGGUUUUAACCGUAUUUACGGUUGGUUACUAAGGUGAACAGAGGCAGUCCUGUUGUGCAUCCAGUACCACAACUGACCUACUGUUAUUUUGCUGUUAUUCAUAGGGUAUGCUAUGACAGGGUAUAAAUUGCUUCUUGGCGCAUUUAGAAAUCUAAAUGUCUGGCUUGGACUUCUGGUCAAAUCUCCUCACAAACUCCGCUCUCCCUGGAGGACCUUUCUUUGUGCUACAAGCCAGCAUCCCAGAACAGCAAUUCUCCCCAAACAUUUCUGUGUUUCUCCCAUUCAACAGCAUGUAUUUUUAGUACCAUGGUCAAAAAGUGUGUCAGGGAUUUCGGUCCGACACAAAAGUAACAAAAGCUCACAUAAAAAUGUGAAAAAAACUGUGGAAGAAGACUUGGAGGAGGAAGACACUGUUGAAGAGAUAACUGAUUCAGAAGAUGAGUUUGAAGAUGAUCCCAGCAUAGUGAAGAAUUACAAAGAGCUUGAGAAAGUAGUGCAGUCUUUCCGCUUUGAUGUAAUCUUGAAAUCUGGUUUAGAUAUUGCAAGAAACAAAGUGGAAGAUGCAUUCUACAAUGGUGAGCUUAGACUGAAUGGAGAAAAAUUGUGGAAGAAAAGCAGAUCGGUAAAGGUUGGCGAUACAUUGGAUCUCAUUCUUGGAGAAGACAAAGAAACAGAAACAGCCGUAGUUAUGCGAGUUGUUUUAAGGAAAGCAUCUGAGAAGAAUGAGAAUGAUAAAUAUAAAGUGGUGUUGAGACGAUGGAAGAACUUAAAGGUGCCCAAGCAGGAUGUAUUGAAGUGAAUAAAUGAAUUGCAUGUUGUGAUUGAUUUCCUGUGAGCAAUCACAUUUAUUGUAUAAUAUAUAUAUUUUGUUAAACAAAGUUUUUUUAAAAGGUUAUGAGAUGGCAUGCCACUUUCCUUACUAUAAACAUUACUAUUUCUGUUUGUUCCAUGACUUUCCAAGUUUGCUGUUUUCAUUUCAGAAGGGAAAAAAAAAUAUUGUUCCUGUGAGAAAUAAUAAAAGACAAGCCUGAUCUUAAAUUGUCGUGGCUGUUGCUUAACCACAUGACUCAGAAACUCAAAUGCUAAUCUUAAGGGGAAAAAUUACUUUUAGAAUAUUUUUGUGACUUGCAAUAUCACUAGCUAUUUACAUCAAAAAGGAAAAUAUCAAGAUAGAUUAGUAGUAUGUUCUCAUUUCCAGGAAUGAAAACUGAAAUAAGUCAUUUCUAUUUGCUUUCCUCUUCAUCCAGAGGUGGCAGUGUGGAACGUAGGUAAAUCUGCUGGCCACUGUAUUUUCACUUGUAUAAAGCAGAGUUCCUUCAUGCAGAAGGUGGUUAUAAAAAUAGAGGGGGUACUGUUAAAAGUUGACUCAGGUUUAUCAGGAAAACAACUGUGCUACUUGACUGGAUAACAAUUAGAAAGAGAUGGCCAUAUAUUUCUCACUUGAAAACCCAACGAGAGUAUAAAGCUCUAAAAUAGAAAUAGAUGGAGUUACUCUGUUUACUUCAGUGUGCAGUGCAAGUCUGCAUAUUUAGUCUUCCGUGGACUUUAUGGCAACUCAAGUGCUCAUUAGAAUAGACAUGAGGCCCUGAAUCAAAGUUUAUAUCUCUGAUUUUAAUUUAACUCACUGCAGCAAAGUACAUUUCUUUUCUUUAAUGAAGGCACCUUUAAAACCACCCUGCUUCUUGUUCAGCUGACGGAAGAUUUUGGCUGGAUUUCAUCCGUAUUAUGGCUCAUCUAUUAAAGAGAUAUUCUACAUUCAUAAAUUGUGAGGGCAUACCAGCUAGCUAAGGAAAUGCUUAAAAAAAAAGAGAAAAUGUAAAAAGUAAUAAUUUUUAUCAAAGCUUUUGUGAGCCAAAAAAGCUCACAAGUUUCCAAGUGAGAAGUGUUAGAUAUCUCCCUGAGUCUCUUGUUUUAUAAUGGUAUAUUUGUGAAUUAAAAACCUAUGUUACCGUAUUAAAAUGAAAUCAUGUUUAUAGUAGCUCAAUAAAUUUCAUAUAAGAAAUUGUAUAAAUGCAUUUUGUACAUUUUGUACACUCUUCAAGGAUAUGCUGAUCAUUAGAAGCUAAAAUGUUUCCAAAAUGAUACUGAACACAGAAAUAAUUUUGUGUUGUAGUUUCCCUGGUAUCUAUUUUAGCAAUAAGAUAACAGAAGCACAUUUAUUUUAUUGCAGUAAUAUGUGGGAGGGGGGGAAUUGCAGGAAGAUUGAAAACAACCCUGGCAGGAAAAAACAAAAAGGAAAUAAAGUGUGGAUUUACACCAUAUGGAAAUGAUGCUUUGUUUGGAAUUCAGAAACAAUAUGCGUCCUGUAGACUCUGCCACAACUUUUCGG